GAGAGAGAGGAGGGAGAGAGAUGAAAAAAAUGUAGACAGAGAUGAUGGAGAAAGAAGAGUGAGAGAAGGUGAGAAAGAAGAAGAAAAAUAAUGAGGAGAGCGCGCAGAGAAAGGGAGAGAGAGAGAGAAAGAAAAUUCUGUUUUCGAAGUAGGACGAAAGGAAGAUUCUGAUGAUGAUGUAAAAUAGAAAGAGACUGAGUGAGAUGUGAUAAAUUCUGAGUGAGGCCUGAGGCUGAGAGAGAAAAGUAACUUGAGUUUUAUCUUUGCCUUUCUCUCUGUCAGCAAGCAACUGUUGAUGAGUCAAGUUGUUUUCUCUUCUUUUUCAUUUUACUUUUUCUUCUUCUUCAACGUUAACUGAUUUUUUUUAGUUCUUCUAUUUUUUUCUUACUCAUCUCAAUAUCAUCUUCAUCAUUCACACCACUCAAAUAUCAUCAACCGAAUCAACAACAACAACAACAACAACAACAUCAUCAUCAUCAUUUUCUCAUUCAUCUCAAUCUAUUCGUUCUUCCUCAUCAUCUGUUGAAACUUUUUCUUCAAUUCUCUCUCUCUCUCUCUCUUCUCUGUUCAAUCUCCUCUCUAUUUGCCUUAUUUUCAUCAUCAUCAUUCCUUCAUCCUCAUCUCAUCAUCUUCCACAUUGUGUGUUACCAUGUUUCUCUUCCUACACCACAUCAUUAACACCAAUAGUCAAAUUUAACGCUAUCACCUCAAUAUCGUUUUAUUUUGAAUUUUCUGCCUUCUCUUUCAAUCUUUUUCUCUCCAUCAUCAACUAAACAACUACUGCUUUUUCCGGUUUAUCAUUUUGACGUAAAUUUCAUCUCUUUUUCUCCCUCCCUUUCAUCCUCUGUUUUUUUUUCUUCUAUUUUGUUUCAUUUUUGCUUCUUCUCUUUCAAAACAACUUGUCUAUUUAUCUUCCUUCUUCUGGUGCGUUUUCUGUUGAGUGUUGAUAAAUUAUUGUUGGUUAACGUUUUUGUGGUUUGAUUCUCAUGUCAAAUAAUCUCUUCCUCUCAUCCUUUCCACCUUACUAAUCAUCAUAUAUUCCAACACCACAACAACAAUCACUUCUACUCCAUAACUCACCGUCAUCAUUAGUCAUAAGCUUUUCUUCCGUUAUGUUUAAACUGUUAUGUCUUUAAUGGUGGACAAUAAGAAGAAAAACCCAGAAAGAGAACAAAUUAAAUUCGCCUUUGACAUCAUCAAUUUUUCUUCUUUUUUCUCUUAUAAAUAUGCUGAUUGCUGGAAAAUUGGAACAACGUGUUUAAAGUGAAAUUCAAUUCUAUUUUUUGUUUCUUCUCUUGUUGUUUUUAUAUUCUAUUCUAUUUUGUUUCAUUUUCUCAUUUGUUAUUAUCAACUCUUUAAAACCUUUUCUACUUUUAUCAGUUGAAAAUUGAUUCUAUUUGUGUGUAAUUACAUUUGAUUUUUCCUUCUCUCUCUCUAUCCAAAACUCUCACUUUCUAUUGUAUGUCUGCCUUUGAGACAAAAACGUUCACAAAUUCAGUUUAUUCAACAACAAUUCAUUUGAACAUUUAAAUCGAUAGAUUUUUGUUAUAAUCUCUAAUUGUGAUCAAUUGAUGUUUCUACAAAUUAUACUAACUGUAUUCUCUUAAUCCAUAGUCAAAAGAGUCAAAGGAUUAACAAGGUGUGAAAUUGGAUCAAUUGAUUUGCUCAUUUUAUUGUUUCUCAAGCCGAUAAAUCAUCAUCACCAUCAUCUUUGUUUAUAUCUGAUUACUUAGAAUAUACAAUAUAAUCAAUAUGAGUUCUUCCACUGGAUUUCAACAGCAAGUUCAUCGUAAAGGUGCUCUUAAAAAGAAAAAUGUUAUCGACGUUAAAGGUCACAAAUUUGUUCCGCGAUUUUUUCCACAACCAACAUUUUGUUGCCAUUGUAAAGAAUUUAUUUGGGGUAUUGGUAAACAGGGUUUCCAAUGUUCAAUAUGUGCCCUUGUUGUUCAUAAGCGGUGCCAUUCAUUUGUCUCCUUUAGUUGCCCUGGUGCUGAUAAUCGUGAUGGAGAUGAACGUCGACAACAUAAGUUUAGUUCUCACACCUACACAAGUCCAACCUUUUGUGACCAAUGUGGCUCCCUAUUAUAUGGAAUCAUCCAUCAGGGACUCAGGUGUUCAGCCUGUGAUAUGAAUGUUCAUAAAAGAUGCAAAGAAAAUGUUCCCAAUUUGUGUGGAUGUGAUUUCACCGAGAGAAGAGGUCGAAUAGAAUUGAAAGUUUAUUGUCUACCAAAGAAAAGUUUACCUGAAAGCUCACGUAAAACCCAUUUUAUAUCAACAGGAUCAACAUCAUCGUCUUCAUCUUCAGCUUCAUCAACAUCAUUACCAAAAGUAACAUCAACUGCUAAUAUAUCAACAAACUCAAAUUCCUCAAAUAUUUCUCCAACACCAGCAACAGUUUCCACUACCAACAACAACAACAACAACAACAACACCACCACCACCUCCUCCUCUUUAAUAACUGGAACAAGUGUAACUGCUACUACACCAUCACCAACACAACCACUUGCACCAACAUCAAUAGUACCAAUUUCAUCAACGGCAACGUCGCUUUCAACCAAUUCAACUUCAGGAGUUUCAACUACAUCAACUAUUACAACAACUACAACAACUACAACAUGUUCACCAUCUCCUUCAAUGAACAACUCAUUAGUCAAUACACUUACCAUAAAUGACGUUAAUUAUGAUAUUGACUCAUUAACCUUAGUUUGUGAGAUUCGUCAAGCGGCUAAUCUAAUUCCAAUGGAUCCAAAUGGUCUAUCUGAUCCUUACGUUAAAUGUAAACUAAUACCGGAAGGUAAGGAUAGUGCUAAAAGAAAAACUCAUCUAAUUAAGGGUUCACUUAAUCCUACUUGGAAUGAGAGAUUAUAUUUUGAUCUUAAAAAGGAGGAUAAAGAUCGUCGAUUAUAUAUCGGUGUUUGGGACUGGGAUCGAACCUCUCGAAAUGAUUUUAUGGGUUCACUUUCAUUUGGUAUAUCAGAGAUUAUCAAGAAACCCGUUGAAGGUUGGUUUAAACUUCUAACUGAAGAAGAGGGUGAAUUUUACAAUGUUAUGAUUCCACCAGCUGAUCAAGAAUUGGUUGAAAGUUAUAAUCGAGCUUUAAAUUUGAAUAAACGUCAUCCAAGUGCAUCCAUAAUCUCAACUGAAGGUUUAUCAAGUACCAUGAAAAAUUUAACCACCGUCGGUGUUGACGGUAAAAAGCCAAUAAGUGCCAGUGAUUUUAAUUUCCUAAUGGUAUUGGGUAAAGGUUCAUUUGGUAAGGUUAUGUUAGCUGAGAAAAAAUCAUCACCCAAUGAACUUUAUGCGAUAAAAAUCUUAAAAAAAGACGUUCUCAUUCAAGAUGAUGAUGCUGAAUGUGCAAUAAUCGAGAAGAGAGUUCUAGCCUUGUCCGGUAAACCGCCUUUCCUUGUGAAAUUACAUUCCUGUUUCCAAACACUCGAUCGUCUCUAUUUUGUCAUGGAAUAUGUCAACGGAGGUGAUCUUAUGUUCCAGAUUCAACAAUGUGGUAAAUUCAAGGAACCUGUUGCCGUUUUUUAUGCCGCUGAAAUUGCUAUCGGUUUGUUUUUCCUCCAUGAGAGAGGAAUCAUUUACCGCGAUCUCAAGUUGGAUAAUAUUUUAUUGGACGCUGAAGGUCACAUUAAAAUUGCCGAUUUUGGAAUGUGUAAAGACGGUAUUGACGAUAAAAAGACAACUCGUACUUUCUGUGGUACACCUGAUUAUAUUGCACCGAAAUUUUUAUAUCAACCUUAUGGUAAAUCGGUUGAUUGGUGGGCUUAUGGUGUUUUACUUUACGAAAUGUUGGUAGGUCAACCUCCGUUCGAUGGUGAAGAUGAGGAAGACUUGUUUACCUCGAUAACCGAGCAAAGUGUCUCCUAUCCUAAGUCAAUUUCUAAAGAGGCCAAAGAAGCGUGUAAAGGUUUUCUGACCAAGAAUCCGAGUAAACGAUUAGGCUGUGGGAGUAAUGGAGAAUUUGAAGUUCGUGGUCAUCCAUUUUUCCGUCGUAUUGAUUGGGCUAAAGUGGAAGCUCGUGAAAUUCAACCUCCCUUUAUACCUAAAGUUCGUAAUCCAAGAUCAGCUGAAAAUUUUGAUCCCAUUUUUACCAAUGCCAGGCCAACACUAACACCUUCAGAUCCAUCGAUAAUUAGUAUUAUGUCAGGAAAUGAAUUUAAUGGUUUCACCUAUGUUAACCCAGAAUUUGUGACAAACCAAAUAAUAAGUGACCUGUAAACUUCACAAUGAUAAAUGUAUGAGAGAGAGAGAGAGGGAAAAAAAUCUCCAUAAAAUCAGCAAUAAUUAUGAUAUUAUCUCAAGUUCCGGAGGAAUCAGUAGAUGAUGAUGUCAACAGUAAAGGAAGAAAACACAAAAAUAUUGUUACAUUAAAUGAAUGAACAUAAUUCAAAUUAAUAUGCAUAUUCAUCCAUCUCCCACUCUCAUCAUCAUCAACAAACCAACACCUACAUCACUCAAUUAAAAGGCCAAACAAUAACAAUUAUCAUCAACAUUUCUUAGUAAUUUAUGUAUAUAUUAUAUUGACAUUAUUACAUAAAUAUCUCUAGAGGAAGAGAAAGUGAAUGAGUGAGUGAGUGAGUGAGAGAGAGAGAGAGAGAGACAUAAAAAAGAUUAUAAAUAAACAAAGAUGAAGAUGAUGACAAUAAGGAGAGAGCCACAAGGAAGAAGACGUAAAAUGAACCAAGACAAAAGUAAAAAGAGCUGAAAUUACAAAGAGGAGGAUAGAGACAUUAUCACACACACACAGGAAGAUGACAAUAUGAUGACGAUCAAAGAUUAUUACAAGAGGAGGAUGACAAGAAAUGAGGAUGAUAAAAAAAUGAGAGAUAUAAUUUAUACUCAGUCAGAUGAACAAUAUAAGUAUUCAUCAUGUUUAUGUGUGUCCAUGAUAAUAAUAGGUUUUUACGUUGAAAGAGUAAGAAAGAUAAAGAUGAUGAUGCAACUAAAUUGUUGACACGUUCGCAUUUAACUCACAUCAUAAUUAAUUACAUAAUUAUGCAUAUACAUAAAUAUAUAUAUCUUAAUGUUAUUAUUAUCAUUGUUAUCACUAAACAUACACACCACAAACAGUUACAUUCACCUGUUCAUAUUUAUAACUGUUCAUUUGUUUUCCUUUCAACUAUUUUUGAUUAUAUUUUUUUCCUGAUAAAUUUACUAUUGUUAUAAUUAUCACCAUCAUCGAUUCUGGAUUGUAUCAUAAUCACUGUUAUCCUAUUCAUCUUCCAAUCACCUUAGGUGUAUCAUCUCUCUCUCUCUCUCUCUCUCUCUCUCUCUCUCUCUCAAACACUUAAUAUUCACCGAUUAAGAUCUGAACAAUUUAUAUAUACAUAUUAAUCACUCCAAUGAAAAUCUCACAGCACCAAUGAUGGACCAAAAUCUGAAAUAAUCUAAUCAUACACAACAACAACUCUAACAAUUAACACUAAAUUACCUGCAAUUAAAUUGUAUUUACAAUCUAAAAGCAAACAAUGUUAAAAAUCAAAUUACCAAAUUUAUCUCUUGUUGCUGUAGUUUUGUUUUUGUUCUUGAAACAAUUAAAAAGAAAACAAUUAACCCUUUA